UGUGCGUCCAUUUGCGCACCGGAGUAAGGUGAUGGCCCUUUGCUGGUGUAGCAUAUAUCCUGCCGCAAAAACGAAAGCAAAGGGAUUCAACGCGUGGGAGAAGCGCGCAAGUGUUAGAAUCGUGGAUAUCUCCCGUACACGAUGGGUGCGUCCGAAUCGCGGCUGGACGAGUCCGAAGCCCCACGGUCUGGAUAUCACGUCGUCAGGGUUGCUGCUGGCUCCCCUGCCCAUAAUGCGGGGAUAGAACCGUUCUUUGAUUUUUGCGUCGGGAUUGACGGAGUGACGCUCGAAGCAGCAAAUGAUUCAAAUGACGGUGCGGGUAAAGACGGGCCAGGAGGCUCGUCGGGAUUGGGCGCAUGGAAGAGUCUAGAGGAGCGGGAAGGGACGCAAGUCGUUUUGAACGUCUGGAACUCCAAACGACAAGAGCUCCGAGAUGUACCGAUUGUGCCAUCGCGGGUAUGGUCGUCGGGCGGAUCCUCAUCAUUAGCAUCAGAAGCACAGCCUUCCCUGCUCGGACUCUCGCUGCGCUUCUGCGAUCCGUCGCAUUCGCUUUCGAAUGUAUGGCAUAUCCUCGAGAUCCUCGAGGGCUCCCCAGCGCAAUCCGCGGGACUGGUACCGUAUGGCGACUUCAUUAUUGGCUGGACGGGCGGAGCUCUGCGCGGCGAAGGCGAUUUUUACGAGCUGAUUGAGAGCCACGUCGACAAGGCACUACGGCUCUAUGUUUACAAUUCAGAUUACGAUCACACUCGGGAGGUCAUCAUCGUUCCCAAUCGCGAGUGGGGCGGCGAAGGUCUCCUAGGCUGUGGAGUUGGCUAUGGCUUGCUCCAUCGCAUACCCAAGCCGAGCGAGGCGGCGCACGCGCAAGCGCUCGAGAUGGCUGCCGCCGGUGACGACGUCAAUGGCAAUGUGUCUGCCUCUGGAGCUGCAGGCAUCCAAGCAACGCCGCGGAUGGGGUUUGUCGGGGCGUUCACGCAGGACGCCGAUGCAACGCCAACGCAGAAUGGAGUGCGCAGAAUGGUAGAUGGGCCGCCGCGGCAGCGCCAUGAGAGUAUAGCAGAGGAAGACGAGGAACAGGAAGCAGAUGGAGGUCAUGAGCAUGACCAGGGCGUCACCGUCUCCAUGCGGCACGAAGAGGAGGAAGACGAUGAAGUGCUGUGACUGCUUUCUAAUACAAGGAAUACAUUAU